AUGGAGGUGGCGAUGAAAAGGAAGGGUAAUAACUCAGUACUGAUUCUUCCUCUUCUACUUCUUCUUAUAAGCUUGCCUUCUCUCUCAUCAGCGUCUGGUUAUUAUGGGAAGAAGAAGCACUUUGUAUUAAUCCAUGGCGCCGGUCACGGCGGGUGGUGCUGGUACAAGGUGGCGACUCUGCUGAGAUCAAAGGGCCAUAACGUGACGACGCUUGACUUGGGUGCUUCUGGGAUAAACCCUAAGCAAGUGAACCAGAUAGGUUCCAUUUCAGAUUACUAUGAGCCGUUGAUGGCGUUCAUGGCGUCGGUUCCGGCGAAGGAGAAGGUCAUAUUGGUGGCACAUAGCUUAGGAGGAGUGUCUACUUCUGUUGCCAUGGAGAAGUUUCCUCAUAAAAUAUCAGUUGCAGUUUUUGCUUCUGCUAAUGUUCUUAGCCAAAACCUCUCCUAUCCUGCUCUUCUCUCUGAGGUGAACAGAAGAAACAUGUCAUUGAUGGAUUCACAAUUUUUCUUUGAAGAUGGGCCCACCAACCGUUCCGCUGCUAUACUUUUUGGGCCCAAAUUCCUGGCAACCCAUAUGUAUCAAUUAUCCCCACCACAGGAUUUGACACUUGCACUGUCGCUGGUGAGGCCUCUACGGAGCUUCAAUGAUGGAGAAGUAGUGAGAAAAGAAACAGCAGUGACAAGUAGCAGAAAUGGAAGGGUGCCAAAAAUAUUCAUCAUCUCUAAGAAUGACAAAGUGAUUCCAGAGGACCUCCAGAUUUGGAUGAUUCAGAGAUCUCUUCCAUUUGAUGAUAUCAAAGUCAUCAAAGAUUCAGAUCAUAUGCUCAUGUUUUCUCAACCACUCAAGCUAACCUCCCACCUUUUACAAAUCGCCAACAAGUAUUAGUUGGAUUCAAUGUGAUACUUGAUUUCUUAGUCUCAUUAAAAGAUUAUUGUCUUUUUUGAUUUUGAUUUGUCUACUAUUAUCAUUAUUGGACUUUGGAUCCAAUUCUAUUCUUGAUAAGCCGAACUAUUUGACUAAGGAGCAGAUAAUUCUUGA